AUGGCUGACAAGUCGUCAAUCUCAGAUCUCUCACUGGAUUCAAUCUUCAACGCCGUCGAAAAGAGUCUCGCCCGUCUCGGAACUCCCUACAUCGAUGUUCUCCAAAUCCACCUCGUCGAUACUACCGUACCCCUCAAGAAGAUCAUGAAACCUCUCCAUGACCUCGUCCAAGCUGGAAAAUAUCGCUAUCUAGGCGCUUCCUCGAUGUGGACGUACCAAUUGCACAGCUGCAGCUUGAUGCGGAAAAAAUUGGAUGGACGAAGUUUCUCGAUGAACGGGGAGCAGCUGGCGAGGCCAUUUGGUAAGGAUGACAGCAUUAGGGCCACGACGCCGCACCCAAUGACCUCGGCUCUGACGGACGCGGAGAAGGAAAUCAUCAAUCGGGCAGAGAGGUUCUCUGGUGACAGCACCUGGUCUAUGAGUGUGCUGUCGUUAGCCAGUCUGAAGGCCAAGGGUGCUGUCCCUAUUGUUGGAUUCGACUCGGUGUCAACGGUUGGCGAAGCUGCCGGAUUACGAGGAGAAUCCUACGGAGAUCAGCAUUCGAACUGUGAAUGUGCUCCUUAUCCGAAAUUUUCUGGGGAUGUGUUGCGGAAAGAGCGGUGUCUUUCGGAGUUCGACGGAACUGUAAUCGACAGGGAUCCUAACACCACUUGA